GGAGACGGAUGCGGCUGAGAAGACGAGGACCGAAGUGGUGGUGACACCGAGCAUGCGCAGAGGCGCUGGGGACUGAUAUGGCGGUGACACCUCCGACGAGACGGAUGUGGCUGUGACUCCCCGCCUUUCCCCCGGCGGGCGUGCUCGCGGAGGGGACGGAGCAGGCCGGGACGCUGCCGGCGUGUGGGGGCGCAAGGAGAGCCGAAGGCCGCGGGGAUGUGGACGCCGCUGUUGGACGCGUUGUGGGCGCUGCCGCUCGAGAAGCGCAUCUUCGGCUCGGUGUUGCUCUUCUCUUGGACCAUCUACCUCUGGGAGACCUUCUUGGCGCAGCGGCAGAGACGUAUCUACAAAACUACUACACAUGUACCAAAAGAAUUAGGACAAAUCAUGGAUUCAGAAACAUUUGAAAAAUCUCGACUAUAUCAGCUGGACAAAAGUACUUUUAGCUUUUGGUCAGGAUUGUAUUCAGAAACUGAAGGCACUGUUAUUCUUCUUUUUGGAGGAAUUCCACAUCUCUGGAAUUUUUCUGGAGUAUUGUGUAGGCGUGCUGGUUUUGGGCCAGAGUAUGAGAUCACUCAUUCCUUGAUGUUCCUGUUUUUGGCCACACUCUUCAGUGCCCUCACUGGCUUGCCUUGGAGUAUUUACAAUACAUUUGUCAUCGAAGAAAAGCAUGGUUUCAAUCAACAGACUUUUGGAUUCUUCAUGAAAGAUUCUGUCAAGAAAUUUAUUGUGACUCAAUGUAUUUUAUUGCCUGUUUCUUCACUUCUGCUUUAUAUCAUUAAAAUUGGAGGUGACUACUUUUUCAUCUAUGCCUGGCUGUUCACAUUAAUUGUUUCUUUGGUACUUGUCACCAUCUAUGCUGACUACAUCGCCCCUUUGUUUGAUAAAUUCAUUCCAUUGCCUGAGGGAACCCUUAAAGAAGAAAUUGAAGUGAUGGCAAAGAAUAUUGACUUUCCUCUGACGAAGGUGUAUGUUGUAGAAGGAUCAAAACGGUCCUCCCACAGCAAUGCUUACUUCUAUGGCUUCUUCAAGAACAAGCGGAUAGUUUUGUUUGACACGCUGCUGGAGGAGUACUCCAUACCGAACAAAGAGCCCCCGGAGGAGGGCUUCUUGGAGCCCCCCAGAGAGGGAGAGGGGGAGAGCCCAGAAACGAAGGCCAAAGUCAGAAAUAAGAAACAAGGCUGUAAAAAUGAAGAGGUUCUUGCUGUUCUUGGCCAUGAACUGGGACACUGGAAGUUAGGCCACACGGUCAAAAAUAUCGUUAUCAGUCAGAUGAAUUCCUUCCUUUGUUUUUUCUUAUUUGCCAUAUUAAUUGGUCGGAAAGAACUCUUUGCUGCAUUUGGCUUUUAUGAUACUCAACCCACUCUGAUUGGACUAAUGAUCAUCUUCCAGUUUAUUUUUUCACCUUACAAUGAGGUACUUUCUUUUUGUCUCACAGUACUGAGUCGAAGAUUUGAGUUCCAAGCAGAUGCAUUUGCCAAGAAACUUGGGAAAGCUAAAGACCUAUACUCAGCGCUGAUCAAACUAAACAAAGACAACUUGGGAUUUCCUGUUUCUGACUGGUUAUUUUCAAUGUGGCAUUAUUCCCAUCCUCCACUACUUGAGAGACUUCAAGCUUUACAGGAUUCAAAACAAGACUGAGAUGCCCAGGAUCUGUGCUUGAAGACAAGUUUCUGAAAGUUUCCAUCCUGGCAGCAUGUUCUAGCUCUUAAUGUUUUUACUUUUUUUUUUUUCAAAGAGAAGAAUUAAGUGGAGGUGGGUACCCCAAUUUAAAUGCAUUUAGAGCCCAUUUUAAAAUUGAUUGGAAUAAUCAAUUGUUUUAAAAAGGACAACACUGGAUGAGCUUUAAAAACAUAAUGUAUAUAUAAAGGUAUUUUUACUUUACUUUUGAUGAUAUAAUUUACCCCCUUCAUCUUCAUACCUGUAAUUGAAUCUGCCCAUGGGGUACUUUGGGCAAAUAUUUGGAGGAGUUGUCCCUUCCUCUGAAGCCUUUCUAUAGAGCUGACACCAUGGUCCCAAAUCAUUGUGCUCACACCAAACUUGAAUUUUUAAAUAGUUAAAAUUGUUCAUAUUUAAUCUGACUGACCAAUCAGUGUUUUAAAUAAUGAGGAAGGUAUUUGUCAGUACAGUUGGCAUUGUUCUGAUGAAAUAUGGUUAUAAAUGUACUUCUGACUUAUGUUCCUAUAUCCACAUUUAGGUGGGCAGUCUAAGACAUUUUUUUUGUUGUUUAUUGUUGUUUUAUUGGGUUUUAUUCAUCAGGAUCUAUUUCACAAUAUAAAAAGUCACAGUUGACAAAAAAUUUAAUGUCAUUUGGGCAAAGUAUAUACCAUAUUAGGCAAAUCGGUAGUAUUUUUCAAAAUACCUUUAGCUUUUUUUGAAUUUGUAAUUCCUUUUUAUUCCUGACUUCAGCUAGAUCUUCAGUAAGGAAAGCUAUGUGAUCCUCUUUUGGGCAGAAACAGCCAUAUCAUACAGAUUUACAUAUCUAUACUAGGAACAGAAUUUGGAGAGGAGAGGAUAGAAUAGGAUUUUUAGAACUCCCAUCCUCACCCAAGAUGACAGGUUUCUUUUUACAUUUAGGCGAAACCUUCUGAAAACAGUAAAAACUAAAAAGUAGUGCCUGUUUUGAGAAAACUUCCUUUAUUUAGAUUCCCCACUCCCCUUCUUCUGGAAGUUACCAAUAUGAUUCACACCUAGCAUCCACUUAGAUCAGUUGUAGUAGUUGUCAGUGGCCAAGCUGUUUUCAUUCAAAGUAACUCUCCCACUAAGAGGUUCCUUUUGACAUUUUAAAAGAAAUGUGUAUGGGACUACCUUACACUUACGUAUAAUGCCUGAGGAAGCCCUAAGUUUUUGUCUCUAGUCUUCUCUUUAGUAUAUCUGCAUUCUGGGUAUUUGCUAGGACUAGCCUUCAGAUUUCUGUCAGUAAAAUUCUGCACAGCUGAGGUUUGAGGUGACUUCUUCACAAGAAAAUAUGAUUGAAGUCAGUAUCUCUGUUGUAAUGGGUUACUUAUUUGUUGCAGAAAGCAAGUGGGCAUGCUGCUUUGGUUUUAUUCCUCCUGGAGUAUACCUCCAGUCUCCCUUAUCUUCCUUCUCAGUGACAUGGCUUUCCCUUCUUCCUGUGCCUUUAAACUCACAUUUAAAUCCAGUACAAGUCAACAUUAAAAAUUGCCAAUGGAAAGUUAGAUAUUCUAUCUUUAAUUUAUUGAAAAGGCUUUAUAUUUUAUCCACCUCCCAGACUCAGAUCUCUGCACUGCUGUGAAGAGGUGACUGCUAUUGGAAGAGAAGCAUUGACUCUCCAGGGUUUAUACCCCUGAGGCUGUCUCUAGCCCCUGUUCCCUGGCGUAUCUUCCUCUGUAAUUUCUUUUUACUUGGCUCAGCCUGUACUGUCUCGGCUUUGAUGCAGUGCAAACGAUUGUGAGCUUGACUGCUUUCAACAUCAAACUUACUAAUUGGUGUCUCCACUCAGAACCACUUCAUUCUGCCCUCUUGGAAGCCAAAUUAAGGUUUCUUAGAUGUUUUGAUCAUGUUAUUCUCCUGUUGUACAGUGAGAAUUGAGUUGGUCAAGACUUGUAAAAGGAAGUUUAGCAGGCAGCAGAAGUCUAAGCAGUUUAGGGAUGCAGUCUAGGGAAUUAAGCUAAUUAAAUGUUAAGUGCCUGCUGUACAAAAGAUUGCUAAAGCAGUAUGAUAGCUGCUAGAAUACAAAUAUUUUUAAAAAAUAGUAUACCUCUAAGAAGCUUAUUUUCUUCUAGACAGAUACAAGUAGUAUAGAGAUAAAUAUAUUACAAGUUAAUGUGUGGUGACUGCAAAAGAGAGACCCAAGAGGAGGAGAAUACUUAUACCUGCACUGGAGAAGGGAAAAAUGAAAGGAGGCUUCAUGGAGAAGCUGUUCUGUGAGCUGAGUUUUGAAGGAAUAUGAGUUUUCAGAAAACAAGAAAUGAAAAUAAAGUGCAAUAGGGGAUAGGUCUGCAUGAAGGUACAAAAUGGUGAGUUCAGAGAAUAGCUAAGUCACUGGACCAGGCUAUAAUGUAGGUUACAAAGGGAAUUCAUGUAAUAAGUUUGGGAGAGAAGGCAGGUUGGAGCCUUAAAUGUCAGACAGGCUCAAAGAAUGUUUUUACUCUAGUGAAGAUAAGAAGGCCCCCAAGAGUUUUGAGGUAUGCUCAUUCCCCAGUAGGAUGAUUUGUGUCAUCUCUGGGGGAUGGACUGUGGAUAAUGAUGGGUACAACUACUGUAGUGUCUGUUAACAGAGUGAAAGGUAGCAAUGCAAGAAGUGUUUUAGAGGUGGAAGUGAAGAUGAAUUCACAGCUAAUAAAUGGAAGGAAUGGGGGAGUCCAAGGGUUGUGUGAGAGUUGCUUGGGUGAGAGUUCUGGGAGCUUGGAUUGUGUUCCAAGCUGAGCUUGCUGCACUUACAGGGACAUCCAGGUAGAAAUGACCAUCAGCAUUUGCAGAUGAGGAAAUUGAGAUCACAUAGAGAUAAGGAUUAGAUAAUAGAGAUUUUAAAAAACAACACAGGAGCAAUGAGACUACCAAAGGGUAGAUGUCUUACAGCAGGAAUUAUGACUCCCCCUGAGGAUAAAUUUCAGGGUAUUCUAGAAGUUGAAUAAAGGGAGGAAAAAAAAUCUUCAUUUUCAUUGAAAUUUAGCAUCUCAUUAGGAAUGCAUACAUUCUGAGAAGGGGUUUAUUGGUCUCCUGUGGUUUAUAGAGGAAUCAAUAGCAUAAAAAUAGAGACAAGCAAAGAAAGUCCAGGCGAGAGCUAUGAAUACUAUUGCUCAGGUGGUGAAACGUGUUGGAUAACUGGGAAGAGGAAGUGAAGCAGUGGUCAGCUAGGUUAAGAGGAGAGCCAUGAAAGAGCACUCUCAAAAAACUAUCUAGAAAUAAAGAUUAAGACUGACUUAAGUUUGGCAGACAUCACUAGCAACAUUUGACGAAAUAGUUUCAGUUGAGUUGUGGAGUCAUGAAUCAUAUUGAAAAGGGUUCAGGAGAGUGAAAAGAUGGAGAGGAAGCAAAGGAGUGAUAGCAGCCUGAUUGAGGAGAAAGUAAGGUCAGGGCUAAUGUGUAUGACAUAUUGCGUUGGGCCCAUCAUCCAAAAGCUUACUGCUCAGAAGCAAUUUAAACUACAUCCUUAGGUGUAUUUCAAAGAGAAUUACUUGGAUCCCAGUCUUUCAGGAUUUUGUGAUAGACCACACUAGUGUCAACUUGCAAGCAUAUGGUAUACAACUCCUGUCUUCAGCUGUAAUAUUAUCCCCACAGCCUCCUUCAUGCCUACAGAAUCACUCCAUCUUCUUCCCGUUCAUUCAGUCCGUUGUCCCUUCCUUACCUGGCCUUCCCAGUCAACUACUUAAGCAUAACCACCAUUCCCUAAGGUUUGCCCUGUGCCUUGCCUCUGAGUCCCUUCCCUCCCCCAUCUCCCAUCCCUAGCCUGGCAGCGUGACUGUAUGUGACAUCUUGUUCAAGACCCCAGCCCAGUCAACAUUUCUUUCUUUCAUUUAUCAGUUACAUUUCUUUAGGAGUUUCUUCUUUUUAAAUUUUUUUCCAAAAUUUUGUAUCUUACCUCAUAUGCAUGUGCACCUGUCAUGUGUCUUCUCUCCCUGUCUCCCCAUAAGAUCCAUUUUUUCCACUUUUGUAUCCCCACUGCCUACCCAUGGAGCUCUUUAUUAUUAGUUUUGAGCUAAGGCAUAACAUGUCCAGGCCUAGUUUAGGAAAAAAAACAAAUCUGGCAGUUGGACAAAGAUAAGAUUUUAGAGGAGAGACUUCUGUUUCAAUAAUUAUAAUGAGGACUUGACUAAUGGCAAUGGAAAUAGGGAAAGAAUGGAUAUGGCGUUAGAUUGGGGAAUUACCUCUAUAAUGAUUAAAACUGGGAAUAAAUGAGAGCACAGUAAAAUCCAGGGAUAGCACUAUAAGGAACACCAGGGAGAUUGUGCCAUCUCUCAUGCCGAUAUCCAGUGGGAGAGUGUGAUUAUCAAUAUAAAAAAAGGGAAGCUAAGUAGUGCAGUGGAUGGAGGAUUGGCCCUUGAGUCAAGUCAAAUCCAGCCCCAGAUACAAAUUUUGUGAUUCUUGACAGGUCAUUGCUUUCAAAAAUAAACAAGUCAAGGAAUCGAAUCUCUUUAAGGUUUUUUUUUUUUUUUUUAAAUCUUGGAUCUGGAAGUCAGGUGGUCAUCAGGGACCUUAGUAAUUUCAGUGGCUUCAUGAGGGCAGAAUUCCAAGGUGUUGAGAAGAGGUUAGGUAGUGAGGAAGUAAAUGAACGCCUGGUAGAAAGCAUUCUCAUUGCUAAGCAAUCGAGGAAGGAAAGGAAUGGGAUGUUAGCUAGAUGAUUAGGAUGUAGGGAAGGCUAUUCUUUGUCAUUCAGGGAAUGCCACAACCCAUAAGAUGAAGGCAAUAAUGAGGAAGAGAUGAAAGAUUGAUGAGACAGAGAAGAACGAAACCUUGGAGCAAUGGAGAGCAGGUGGUGGUAGGGAAAUAAGAUUAGCUUUAGUGAGUAAGAGAAAUAUUCUGGAGAAGUUAUAAUGUAAGGUUUAAGGAAUGGAGGAAGAAGAUGAAAAAGCUUUUGUGAACUAUCCCUUCAGCUGAAUGUUAGCCUUUCUGCCUUUUUUAUAUUAUUUAAUUUUACUAAUCUCCCCAACAUCUUUAUGCCUUUGUCCAUUCAGGGCAAGGUUAAUCUCUAGGCAUUUGACUUCGUUUGGUCCAUAAUUAACAGCUUUGGGCCCAGAGAUAACCACAAUAGACAAAACUGAGCCAUUCUUACCUGGGUCACUGACUGUCUUGUGCUGUUUUCAAUCAACAAGCGUUUAUUAGGUGCCUACUGUACAUCAGGUACCAUGUUAGACUGUAGAGACACAAAGAUAAAAAUUAAACUGUCCCUGCUUUCACAGGGUUUACAUUUUGUUAGGGGAGAGAAUAAAUAUGCUUUUAUAAACAUAGAGGCAAAUGCAAAUGGACCAAACAAAGUAAUUUUUAUGGGGAAGGAAGCAGAAGCAAUUUAUGGAAUCAGGAAAGUCUCAGUGUGUAAGAUGUUGUCUAAGCUGAGCUUUGAAGGAAAUGGGAUUCAGAGAUAUUGGAGGUAAGAGGAAAACUGCAGACAUGAGGAAGAGCUAGUGCAAAGACUUGGAUAUGGAUAUGGAAGAUGCAAUCUUGUGUGUGAAUAGCAAUAAGAAAUCCAAUUUAGAAGGAGGAGCAAGAAGGCUGGAUCAAAGAGUGUACAAAGGGAAAGGUUGCAUAAUAGGUUGGAGCCAGCUUUGGAAAGGGCCGAGAUUUCAAAUCAUGUUUUGUCCCAAAUUCACUGUUUUUUUCCAGGGUCACUUCAUCAACCUAAAGUUGAAUCAGUCCAGACUCCUCAUUUCAUAAGUCAGGUAAAUGUAACUCAGAGAGAUGAGUCAUGAUUUGCCCAAGAUCACACAACAAAUGAAGGGCAAAACAGAUUUAAUAUGGUUGUAAUUAAAACAACAAAAAACUUCUAAGUUAGGAGAAACUAGUGAGAGAACUCACUCGACAGGUAAUUAGAGUUGCCCAAAUUAGACCCUCUCUCCUCCUCCUCACAGUUUUAUGACUUCCUCUACCUCUCUGGCUACACAUAGACAGCAUCUCUUGAUCUUGCCCUUGAAAUUGCAAUUCAACCUUUUCUUCUAUUCCCUUUCCUCCACUUUCACUCUCAUAAAUAUGCCUUUUUAUUCUUAGAGCUAAGGCUAAUUACAGAAUCACAGAAUUGAAAGAGCUAAGCAACUAUGUAGUUCAACCUGUCCCCGAAAAAGAAUUCUGGCUACCUGACAAGUGGUCAUCCUUUGCUUGAAGACUUCUAUGAAAGGAAGCUCACUACAAAACGAGACAGCUCCUUCUGGUUUAGACAGCUCUGGUGGUAGGGAUUUUUUGUUUCUUCAGUUUUCCUGACAUUAAGCCUAAGCUUUGAGGCAAUGAACAGCAAUCCAUUGCUCCUGGUUCACUCCUCUAGGGCCAAAGAGUAUGUUGAAUCCUUCUUCCAUGUAACAACCUUUCAUAAAUUAAAGGCUAAGCUUCAUAAACUGAAGGCUAAAUUCUUUCAACCAGCCCACUAAUGACACACACUCAAGGCCCUUCACCAUUCCGAUUGUCCUCCUCUAAAAUUUGUCCAUGUCCUCCUUAAAAUGUGGUGCUCAAAAAUAAAACACAGAUGUGAUUUCUGCCUUUUUUAAAGAAGCAUAAGGAGGCCACUGUUACUUGUUCACAGAGUGUGUUGGGGGACAUACAAUACAAGAAGGUGGGAAAGACAGGAAGGACCUUGAAUACCAAAGAGAGAAUUUUAUAUUUGAUCUAGAGGUGUCCCAGAUAGUCUCCAUGAUUUCAUCUCUCACUUCACUCUAAGACUGGCUUUCUGAGUAUGGAAAAACUCUCCUAAUUCUAAAAAUGUCUUUCCCCAGCCCUUCAUCAAUCAUCUACUAUCCUCUUCUCAUUCACUGAUAACCUCUUUUUUAUUUAAUAGUUUUCCUCUAAUUACAUGUAAAAACAAUUUUUUAAUCUUUUUACCUGGAAAGACUUACAUGUACUAAUGAAAAAUGAAGUGACGAGAACCAGGAGAACAUUGUAUGCAGUAUCAGCAACAUUGUGUAAAAUCUGACUAUAAUUGAUUUAGCGCUUCUCAGCAUUACAAUGAUCCAAGACAAAUACUAAUGACUCUUGAUAGAAAAUGCUGUCCAGCUUCAGAGAAAGAACUGAUAAAAGUCUGAAUACAAGAUCAAGGAUACUA